AGGUGGUUCCCGCCGGCCGAGGCUCAGCGGAGCGGGUUCCUCUGGCCCCGUCUGAUCCGGCCCGGCCUCUGCGGAGGCCGUGCCGGCCGCAGCUCCACGAGCGGCCAGAGUUGUAGAAAUCACCCAGAAGUCUGCUUGACUACAUGGAGGUAGCUAAGAACAAAUCCUUUAUUUUGUGCUUCAGUUAAACAAGAUGAGCUAAUUCAGAGUUUGAGUAAACUCAGAGAAGAAAAAAGAUCCAGUAAUUGUCACGGGAAUUAAAUUUACACAUGACGUGUUUGAUGUGGCUAGAGGAAGAUAAUGAGAGGUAUGAGAGCUCUUCUCCAUCAAAGCACAGGACAGACUGUUCCAUGGUUACCUCACUAAGAAAGCAUUGAACACUGCUUACUAGGGUUCUUCUGGAGGCCCAGAAUUGUGACUGCUGAUAUGAGCCAUGCAGUGUAAUAACGUGGAAAUGAACGCUAGGGGAUGCUACACUUCCACCAAAGUUGGCGAACUAGAUAAGGAAAAACCCGCCAGAUCUCUGAAAAUUUUACCAUCCUUUCCACACAAACGCUUGGCUGAAGAGGAAAUAAAGGCAGAGCAGGAGGUGGUGGAGGGGAUGGAUAUCUCCACUCGAUCCAAAGAUCCUGGCUCUGCCGAACGAACAGCACAAAAAAGAAAAUUUCCCAGCCCUCCACAUUCCUCUAAUGGCCACUCACCACAAGAUGCAUCAACAAGUCCUAUAAAAAAGAAAAAGAAACCUGGUUUAUUGAACAGUAAUAAUAAAGAGCAGUCAGAACUAAGACAUGGUCCGUUUUACUAUAUGAAGCAGCCACUCACCACAGACCCUGUUGAUGUUGUACCACAGGAUGGACGGAAUGAUUUCUAUUGCUGGGUUUGUCAUCGGGAAGGCCAAGUCCUCUGCUGUGAACUCUGUCCUCGGGUUUAUCAUGCUAAGUGUCUGAAACUGACAGCGGAGCCAGAGGGGGAUUGGUUUUGCCCAGAAUGUGAGAAAAUCACAGUCGCAGAAUGCAUAGAAACACAGAGUAAAGCUAUGACAAUGCUCACCAUUGAACAGCUAUCAUAUUUACUGAAGUUUGCACUACAGAAAAUGAAACAGCCAGGGACAGAGCCAUUUCAAAAGCCAGUUUCACUGGAUCAACACCCAGAUUAUGCAGAAUAUAUCUUUCAUCCAAUGGACCUUUGUACAUUAGAGAAGAAUGUUAAAAAGAAAAUGUACGGUUGCACUGAAGCAUUUUUGGCUGAUGCCAAAUGGAUUUUGCACAACUGCAUUAUUUACAAUGGGGGAAAUCACAAAUUGACACAAACAGCAAAAGUCAUCAUCAAAAUCUGUGAGCAUGAGAUGAAUGAAAUUGAAGUAUGUCCGGAAUGUUAUUUAGCUGCUUGCCAAAAACGAGAAAAUUGGUUUUGUGAGCCUUGUAGCAAUCCCCACCCUUUGGUCUGGGCUAAACUCAAAGGCUUUCCAUUCUGGCCUGCUAAAGCACUGAGGGAUAAAGAUGGGCAAGUUGAUGCCCGUUUCUUUGGCCAACACGACAGGGCCUGGGUUCCAAUAAAUAAUUGCUACCUCAUGUCUAAAGAAAUUCCUUUUUCUGUGAAAAAGACUAAAAGCAUCUUCAAUAGUGCAAUGCAAGAAAUGGAGGUUUAUGUUGAUAACAUUCGUAGAAAAUUUGGAGUAUUUAAUUACGCACCUUUCCGGACACCAUAUACUCCCAACAAUCAAUACCAAAUGUUAUUAGACCCUACAAACCCAACUGCGGGAACUGCAAAGACAGACAAACAAGAGAAAAUCAAACUGAACUUUGAUAUGACAGCGUCACCCAAGAUUCUAAUGAGCAAGUCUAUGCUGAGCAGUAGUACUGGUCGUAGGAUUUCAUUGACAGAUAUGCCACGGUCACCCAUGAGUACAAACUCAUCAGUUCACACUGGAUCUGAUGUUGAACAAGACGCGGAGAAAAAAGCAACUUCCAGUCAUUUUAGUGCCAGUGAAGAAUCCAUGGACUUUAUUGAGAAAAAUACAGCUUCUCCAGCACCGACGAGAACGGGUCAAGCAGGGAGCUUGUCAGGCAGCCCCAAACCUUUCUCUCCUCAAGCAUCAACGCCAAUUUCUGCUAAGCAAGAAAGAACUUCCACUCCAGGAAGCAUUCUGAAUCUUAAUCUUGAUCGUAGCAAAGCUGAGAUGGAUCUGAAAGAGUUGAGUGAGUCAGUCCAACAGCAGACCACUCCUGUGCAACUCAUUUCACCAAAACGACAGAUACGUAGUAGGUUCCAGCUUAAUCUUGACAAGACAAUAGAGAGUUGUAAAGCGCAACUUGGAAUAAAUGAAAUAUCUGAAGCUGUUUAUACUGCAGUAGAACACAGUGACUCUGAAGAUUCUGAAAAAUCUGACACCAGUGACAGUGAAUAUAGUGAUGAGGAUCAGAAAUCAAAGAACGAUCAAGAAGAUGGAGAGGACAAGGAAGGUACAAGAAGUGACAAAGAAUCAUUGAGCUUGAAAAAAAAACCUAAGCCCCCAGCACAAAAUGAAAACAAGGAGGAACUUAAAAGCACAAGUCCAGAAGUGGAGAAAACAGAUGACCUGGUCAAAGAAAAGGCAAUUACAGACACUGAAAAAGAAUUUUCUGAAAAGGGAAAAAGUUUACAGCAUCCUACAAAAGAAAAACUGAAAGGUAAAGAUGAAACAGACUCUCCAACUGUGCAUCUAGGACUGGACUCUGAUUCUGAGAGUGAACUUGUCAUCGAUCUAGGAGAUGAUCAUUGUAGCCGCGAAGGAAGGAAAACCAAGAAAGACUCUAAAGAACCUCCUCCCAAACAAGACGUUGUAGGUAAAACUCCACCUUCCUCCAGUGCAAGCACGCAGCCUCUACCAGAAACUCCAGUACUUACCCGCUCUGCAUCCCAGACUCCACCAGCUGGUGUGACAGCAACUACUAGUGCUUCUUCUACUGUUAGUGCUCCAUCUGCAGCCACUGGAAGCCCUGUGAAAAAGCAGAGGCCCCUGCUGCCUAAGGAAACUGCUCCUGCUGUGCAGCGUGUAGUGUGGAAUUCUUCAAAUAAAUUUCAGACAUCUUCUCAGAAAUGGCACAUGCAGAAGGUGCAGAGACAGCAGCAACAGCAGCAGAACCAGCAGUCUCAGUCACAGCAAGCUCAGUCCUCUCAAGGGACAAGAUACCAGACAAGACAAGCAGUUAAAGCUGUGCAGCAAAAAGAGAUCACCCAGAGCACUUCCACAUCCACUAUAACCUUGGUUACAAGUACUCAGCCUAUUUCUAUGGUUACCAGUUCUGGAUCUGCAAGUACACUUUCUUCCUCAGUUAAUACAGACUUACCUAUUGCAACAGCCUCAGCUGAUGUGGCUGCAGAUAUUGCUAAAUAUACUAGCAAAAUGAUGGAUGCCAUCAAAGGAACAAUGACUGAAAUAUAUAAUGAUCUUUCAAAAAAUACUACUGGAAGUACAAUAGCUGAGAUUCGGCGUUUGAGGAUCGAGAUAGAGAAACUUCAAUGGUUACAUCAACAGGAACUCUCAGAAAUGAAGCAUAACCUAGAACUGACAAUGGCUGAAAUGCGUCAGAGUCUAGAACAAGAACGAGAUCGUUUGAUUGCUGAGGUGAAGAAGCAGCUGGAAUUGGAAAAGCAGCAAGCAGUGGAUGAAACAAAAAAGAAGCAGUGGUGUGCUAACUGCAAGAAAGAGGCCAUUUUUUAUUGCUGUUGGAAUACGAGCUACUGUGACUAUCCCUGCCAGCAAGCUCACUGGCCUGAGCAUAUGAAAUCUUGUACACAGUCAGCUACUGCAACACAGCAAGAAACAGAUACUGAAAUUAGCACAGAAACAUUAAAUAAAUCAUCCCAGCCCAGUUCAAGUGUGCAGCCUACACCCACAGAAACAGCCAGCACCCCUAAGGAAAAGGAAGGUUCAGCUGAUAAAAGCAAAGAGAGUGUUACAAUAGCAACAGGUGUGACAAGCAACCAGCCUAUAAAACUGGUCCAGGUACCGCAGACCACCACCUAUAUUCCAACUACUCAACCCACAAUUGUAAGUACAAUAUCAUCAUUUAAAGUCUGCAGUAGUACUGUUCCUGGCAUUAAAAUUGCUCACUAUUUCUGGGGGGUUGUCUCCGUCUGCUGUUCUAUCAAGAUAUGAAUUCACUGGUAUAGUCUCAACUUGCAGUGCAAAAUGUCUUAUUUUGCUGUGCAACAUUCCACCCUUUUAUUUCAUCAUUCAUUAUUACAAGGAUUCAGAAAUCGCCAUUAAGUAUAGCAAAGGCGCUGAGGACAGUCAGACUUCCAUUUUACAUUAUUAUGUUAGUUAUUUGUCUGUUCCAUGUAUAUACUUGACCACAACAUCAAUGUAAAUAUACAGAAUUCAUUUAAAAUAUCUUUUAAAUAUCUUUUUGUCUACGGUAUCCUAAAAAGAUUUAACUAAUUCUGAGCUAUGCUUGAUAUUCCUGUGACAUCUCAGUAACUACGAAAGAAAAUAUGCAUUCAUCAGUAGUGUAUCUCCCAUGCAGUCUUGCACAUUAGUGUUAUGAAAUCAUGAGAAAUAGCAUUGGAAUCAGGCCUGUUUUUUUCCAUCAAAGACUUAACCGAGGGCACUUGAAUCCCCUAGUGUCAGUCACAGGAGAUGGGACAGAAGUGAGUUCCGUUUUUGUAUUUUACUCAUUGUAAUAUCCCAUUCUUUCAACUGGUCGUGUUCUGCAGUGCUCACUUCAGAGUCAGCGUGGCAUCUGAGCUGACGCUCCCCUUACCAAAAGGAAGUAUGCCGAUACUGCCUGGGUAACUGAACGGCACGCUGCCUCAGUGGUGGGUGCAACAGAGAGGCCCCUGGGUGGAUAACUGCAGUCCAGUUCUGACCGAGGUAGUUUAUAAUAGUAACUAUGUACUAAUUUAACAGUGUACCUUAAUCACACUGUGGUUGUGAGGCCUAAUUCGCUAUAGAAGUUACUCCGUCUGUCCCUCCUUGCGUACACACACCACGCGCGCGUGCACGCCCCCACCAGCUGCAGGAUACAUGCCUCUGUGCGUGCGUGUCUCUGAACACAGGGACAUGCACACGUACAUACAGUGUUUCAUAGCCAUUAUAUUCCACACAAAUGUUACUGCUCUUAGCGGGGAUCAUGACUUUUCACAUUCCUAGCAGCCUUUUAACUCAACUCAUUUUGUCUCAACUGAGAGCACUGUGCACCUUUGCAGCAUUGGCCCUAAGUUGCUUGGACUGAAUUACUGUAACAACAAGGUUUUAUAUGUGUUUUAAAAUCAAAUAUCAAACAUCAAAGGCUUUAGGCUCUUUUGUGAAUAGCUGAGAGUUUGUAAGAUCGUAAGGUGGUUUUGUGUAAUAUUCAGAAAGACGGCAGUUACCUUCAUCGGUUUUCUGUAAUACAAAGUGUAUUGAGUUAUGUAAAGCAUCGUUGGAACGUCUGAAAGGUUUUGACCUAUUUGUGCAUGUUUAAAACUUUGUACACAUUUGCAUUAGUCUUGCACAGCUACAGACACCUCUGUAUCCUAACGACUGCACGUGCAAUUUAAUUAAUUUGAAACCUUAGUGCAUGUUUAAUAUGUAUGCAAAAUGUACAUAUGUGUAAAAUUGGCAGAGGUGGAGAAUUGACCUCUCAGGGAAUGAUCUUAACACAUUUAAGGAGUCUCGCACAUUCCAUAUCCUGAUCGCUAUAAGAACUGAAACUUAAUUUUUUCAUUUGUGUAAGUGUGUAUUUAAAAGGCGACUGUGGCAACCUUCAUUUCCCCACCUGUAGUACUAACAGUGAUUUACAUAAUGGCUUCUUUAGGGUUCAAUUUGCACUUUGUUUCCAACUAGGAAUUUCUUCCUCUGAACGACUUCCAGGGUAUCUCCAGGUACCAUUUCCAUUGAACCCUGUGUACACGUCUAAAAAAUAAUUACAAAAUGGCAGUGACCUAGAAUUUAUUUAUUAAAUUGGUUCUGUGUCUGGUUUUUAUUAGUUUCUGCAGUUAAAGUAAUGUAAAAAUACGAAUUCAUCAUCUUUGCAUUCCAGGGAAUGGAAUGAGUAGGCUUCUGGAAGGCAUAGACUUUGUCACAAAGGAGCUGAUAAACUCCGUAGGCUGUAAUCCAUCUCAGUAGGGAUACUCACAGUCUCUGUUGAAUACCAUUAAGACACUAAUGUGGUUUCUUAAAGCAGUGUGGGGAAACACUGGGCUUCAGUGAACUUGUGUUUCUUCUUCCAUGUUCUCUUUGGAAUGUCACACUACCAUCGGGGGAAGGUCUGUGCAUCCCUUUCAGAUUCCUCAAAAUCUCGCUUCCUGUUUCUUCCAGCAAACAUUGUGAACUGAAAUGGAUGCAUUUGUUUGAUCGCCAGUUGUGCAUCACUGGAAUUGUAUCAAAACCUACUUGCAGUUUGUGUGGUAUAGACACGUCUAGACUUUCUCACAUUUUUGGAGGAAGGUUAAGACCUACAGACUUAAGAUUCAAUAAAUCCUUUUCCAGAUCUUCCAGAGUGAUGUGACUUGACCAGAUUGUUCGACAUUCUUGUGCCUUUGUCUCUGCAUCUGUAGAAUCAAUUACCACCUAUAGAGAUGUCCUGAAACUUCAUUUGUCAAGAUUUAUAAAUCAUGAUCUGUAUGAUGGAAGUGAAAACUUUAUUCUAUAUUAAUAUUUUUACAGGGUGUGUAAGACAGCUCACAGUAGUGCUGGUGUUUUUGUUCACGAUUUGUGCAAAAGUUAACUUAAGUACUUUUUUGUUCAAAUGGAUGUUCUUCGUUCUCUUCGGCGUAGGCUGAAUGCAUGGGGGACCUCCUUUUGGGGAAAAGAUUUAAGUAACGUGUAACAAGAAUAUACUUAUAAACAAGGGUAUUUUUGUACUCCGGUUUGAUUUGUCAAAACUUUUUCAAACGACAAAGGAUUUCUUAGCCCUUUUUCCUCUUCCUAUGUAUUAGUUUGGGGAACAUACAUAACUGGAUGUAGUAACUAUGAAAACCUAAUUCUCCAAGCACAGAGUGUGUACAGUACCUAUAGGACCACCUGUCCCUCUAAUUAUAUAAUAGUAGUAAUAAUACAGAAAAACUCUUGGCUGUAGGAAAGUGACAUUACUUUCUACCCUGGAAUGAGGUAAUAUUGUGGUAAUAAAGGUAUUAAUUCUUGCACAGAAUUGGAACUUGUUCUGGAUUUUCCCUGGAAAAUAAAUCUCUCUUUCUGUGGUCAUGUUUAUGUGACCUUUAACAUAACAAUAUGUUUCUCUUGGUUUUAAUCCACAGACCAUUCCUGUAGUGGUAAGUCCUUCUGCUGGGACAGUGGCAAUGAGAACUGGAGUUCAGUAUGUUCAGACCACAAUGCCAGUCCAAGUACGAAGAGUCUAACUGCUAACGAGAAGUCCAUACAAUUGUUGGAAUAAAUAAGUCUAAUAGAAAUGUGAAAAAUAAACACAGUUCUUUGGAUUAACCUCAAAGGUUCAGACUUUAGCUUUGUACAUGUGUACAAAGCAUUAACUACACUACAUUAAUGUAAAGCAUUAGCGCUGGCUUAGAGAAGCUGAGGACAGGUAAGAUCCAUAUUAAAUCUAUGCUUCUUUUGUAAAUAAUGUACAAUUUGUGGAUGUCAUUAAAGUUAGAGUACCAUCUCCUUUUUAUAUUUGUAUUGACUUUAACUUAUAAAGAGCGUUUGAAGUUGGAAAAGGAAGGUUUCAAACAGCCUUAUCACAAGCUAUAACACUGAAAACUGGUCUUGGGAUCCUGCAGUUAUGCAUCAGAUAAUGUAAUCAUGAGAUUCUGAACAACCCGACUUGCAUUUGGAUUGAAAAACGUUUCUGCACUUUGAAACUCUUGUAGAAUUUAUUUUGAGUAACCAAGUGAUGAAGGGCAUCUUUUUGCAGUUAAUUGUAUUAGGCAAAUUACGAUAUUUCCAAUCUGUGGACCUGAAAUACAUAAAGAUUUACAUUGGUUUUUUACAGUGACGAGGCUGUUAAAACUUACAUUGUUUACAGGUCGAAAUUAAGUUCAAAUUUCAUUCAGGCUAAUAUCAGAGAAGUUGGAAAGUGUAGUACCAGCUGGUUGUAGUGUGAUUUCUGAUCAUCGGUAUCAAAGAUUGGGAAAAGUAAAGUUUGUUCCUGUGCUUCACAGUUCAGUUUUCUGUUUUCCUAAAAUCCUCCAAAAGGACUUUGAACAAGAGCUAGGUGUGGAGAACACGGAUCGGGGACCGUGGGCAAAGGACUUUUGAUGCUGGGCCAGAGCAUGUAUUAUUUAUAUGACGGAAUUUAUGUUUUUAUGUAAGCAUGAAGCAGUACAGUAUGAGAGAAAGUAACCCAUGAAAAUGCUGUCUGUUACACUUAUACUGUAGUACCAUUUUGUAUGUUGUGUAAAACGAAAGCAUUGAACAAAGCAAAGGUGAUGUAUGUAUAUGAGAAAAUUAAUUGUAUGAUAUCAUUCCAGUACAUUCUGUUGUACAUUUUAGUCAUGUUGAUUUCUCCCAUUGUUUAUAAAAGAAUGCGGUUUGUACAGUCUCCAGCUAGUACCCAUAUUAGAGGGAAAAAAGUAUUAGAAGAAAAAGGCGAGAACAGAAUAUUCGUGAAUUGCAGUUGUGUCAAAAAUAGCCUAGCUGGCCUUAUUUGUGAAGCAUAAUUGCUUUUAGCAUAUGGAAGUAUUUUUUCACAUUUUCUUUGUAUAAAAUUUGUAUUAAACUUAAAGAUCUUUUUUGACAA